AUGGCAAAGCCGAAGCACACUCUGUUCGGCGAAUGGAUAAACUCGACAGAGGCGCUGGAUAUUUCAUGUGAGAUUGCCCAGCUGUUGCACGACUAUCGAGCGGUUUUUCCCGAUAACUUACCUAAGGGAUUACCGCCGAAGCGCCCUCAUGAUGACCAUAUUCUACUUGUGCCUGGAAAACUUUCAGCUAAAUCUGCAAUAUACCAUAUGACCCCAGAACAGCUCACAUUCCACAAACAGGAGAUAGCUAAAUUAUCGGACAGCGGUUGGAUCGGACCAACCUAUUCGCCUAUUUGCUCUCCUACUAUCAUGGUGGACAAACGGGAUGAUGGCUCCAGGGAGCGGAAGACGCGUAUGGUUGUCAAUUACCAGGCUCUAAAUGCCGUUACGAUAGCCCCUGAUUUUCAACUACCUCCCAUUUAA